UUUGCCAGAUGGCAUGAGCCAUAGAAUAUUGACAUCACAAUGGUUCUUCAGCCUGACAACUACAGAAUCCUCAGACUUCAGUUGCUUUCUAGCCACUGCAGUCACCGGUUUGGUGUUUAGAGGCAGAGAGGCAAGGAAAAAUUCACAUUGUUCGAUGAAUUCUUCAUUGCAGGCUCAUCUAAAAAGGUGGAGUUCUGUAUGAGGAGCAAUUUUUUCCAACAUGGAAAUGAUUGAGGAAGAUGUGGGAGAAAAAAAUCGAGCCGUAGUUUGCCAAGGGGCCGCGGUUCUCCGAAGAGGCUGGAAAAGAAAUAAACGAUAUCUCACCCUCUUCACUGAUGUUUUGGUUAUAUCCAGUAAACUGAAUAAGAAGAAGUUUAAAGUAAAACAUGUCAUUCCAUUGACUUACCUGUGGCUUGGUGAUGAAGUGGACAUAUUCAGGACAGACAACAGUCCUGCUUCCAAGUCCAUUUACCUAUAUUGGCCUAUGGGAAAUGCUGUUGUCACCUUUUGUUCCAUGGAAGAGACCAUUUGGUGGUACUUCUUUCUACAAAGAUCCAUUCGUGAUGCAAAGAAGCAGAACAAAACAGAUCUAUCCCUGCAGAUAUCCACUGAGGACAUUGCACACUGUGACACUCCUCUAUAUGUAACAGCAACAAACUUCGAUACAGUCAAUGACAUAAUCAGCAAGUUACUGCCAAUGAUGAGAAAACAUGACAUUGAAGAAUAUCAGCUGUUGUUCUGUCCUCACCCUGGGGAAGCUCCAAGAGCACUCCAAGGAAAUGAGUAUCCACAUGACAUUAUAAUGAUAAAUAUUCAAAAGAACUUCAGUUCACGGGACUUAAGAAACUUUGCCGCUUUCCCUUCUCUACCUGGGCUGAUCAUGAAAUAUCUAAACGCUGAUGCACAGGGGCAAUUCAUCUUAAGGCCCAGAAACUCAGCCAGAAGCCAACAGCAAAAAAAUAUGAAGGAAAAGACUCUAAAGAAACAAAGAACUUCUACAUCAUCGUGGUGGAACAACAUCUGUGUGCCUCGCCCAGACCAAAUAUGCACCACCCAAAAAGUUAACAAUGGAGGAAAACUGUUUGGAAGAGAACUCAGUUCCAUUUGUCAGGAUGGCAACCUGCCCUCGGCCAUUCUGGACAUGCUGUCCCUACUAAAAAGGGAAGGGCCCACAACCGAGGGUGUCUUUCUAGUACGUCCGAGUAUAACAUUGUGCCAAACAAUAAAAAACAAAUUGGAUUCAGAAGAAGAUGUGGACAUGAACAAGCAAUCAGUGCACGUAGUUUCGUGGAUCUCUAAGGACUUCCUAAAAAACAUCGAAGGAAGUCUGAUGACUUCAAACCUGUAUGAUGAGUGGAUUGCUAUAACGAAAAAAGUUGAUGAGGAAGAGAAAUUAGCUGCAGUGCAGAGUCUUUUAGAUAAACUGCCACCUGCAAAUGCUGUGCUUCUGAGGCAAUUUUUUCAAAUAUUAUAUGAAAUUAAAAGUAAUUCUCCUGUUACUGAAAUGUCUUCUUACCAUCUAUCUGUUGGGAUAGCCCCAUGCCUCUUAUUCAUGCCCAGCUCCUGGAAUAAUGGAAGGACAAAAGACAUUGCCAAAAAGAUUUCUCUGGUAACAUUUAUGAUCGAAAACUGUCCAAAAAUUUUUGGAGAGGAUGUGGUUGCAGUGUCGCAUGAAACUUCCCUAUCUCAUCCUCCCGGAGCCAAGUCCUCAUGUUCCCCGAACACUGCAGCAAAUGUCAGAAACGUGAAGAAAACCGAACGUGGACUGAGCAGCUGCCCCACUGGGAGGACAUGCACUCCUGGGGAGUAUGCACGGCCAGGAAGUCCAGCUGCCCCUCUUCCCUGUGAAGGCCCUCUAGGUUCAGAGAAACAUGAAUGCAAUGUACAUACCAUUCCAACUGUGCUGUCUCCAAAUCGACUACGAUCUAGGAAGAAAAGUUUCUUUGGUCAACCUCUUACAAGUAUUUUUGAAGGCAAUAAGCUGCCUACCCCAAUAAUUGAUAUGAUGUCUAUAAUUGCAGAAAAAGGACAAAGUUCUGAUCAUUUAUUCAAAACUAUAUCUGAAAAUUCACAGUGUUCCCUGAGGGACAAGAUUGACACAGAAAUAUGCAUUAAGUGGAAUGAAGAAUGUGUGUUGGACUUUAUUUCAAAUAUAGACGGAAGCCUCCUGACUUCCAAUUUAUAUGAAAAUUGGCUCACCAUCCCAGAUGAAGGAACUCUGGCUGGAAAAAUUAGUGCCAUUCAAAGCCUUCUACAACAGAUCCCAGAACCAAACUUUAUACUACUGAAAUAUCUCAUUUGUCUAUUAGUGAUAAUAAAAGACUCGCCCAUGAAUAAGCUAGAUACUAAAAGGUUAUUGAUCCGCCUUGCUUCGCAUGUCCUAUGGGGUUGGACUUCUAGCAACUCAUUAUUUGGGAAAGUUGUCUCAAGAAAGAUAUCUCUUGUGCAAAUUAUGAUUGACAAUUAUAUUCAAAUAUUUGAAAAUGAUAAUAAAUAUUGCAUCCACAUAGACAAAAGGUCUGAUGGAUUAAAGACAUCUGAAGAUUUCAUAAAUUCUUCUGGCAAAUCAACUACUAUGAAUGAAAUCAUAGGUGGACACAAUAGAAAAACCUGUUGCAAUGAUAAAAUUUAAAUAUUUCAUAUGUUGCUCUAUAAGAAUGGUCCUUCAGGAUCUCUACGCGAUAUGAAAUGGUCCCUUUUAUUUUUGACUUCUUCAGUUUUCCUUCCUGUGGAGUUCUGUAUGAGGAGCAUUUUUUCCAACAUGGAAAUGAUUGAGGAAGAUGUGGGAGAAGAAAAUCGAGCCGUAGUUUGCCAAGGGGCCGCGGUUCUCCGAAGAGGCUGGAAAAGAAAUAAACGAUAUCUCACCCUCUUCACUGAUGUUUUGGUUAUAUCCAGUAAACUGAAUAAGAAGAAGUUUAAAGUAAAGCAUGUCAUUCCAUUGACUUACCUGUGGCUUGGUAAUGAAGUGGACAUAUUCAGGACAGACAACAGCCCUGCUUCCAAGUCCAUUUACCUGUAUUGGCCUAUGGGAAAUGCUGUUGUCACCUUUUGUUCCAUGGAAGAGACCAUUUGGUGGUACUUCUUUCUACAAAGAUCCAUUCGUGAUGCGAAGAAGCAGAACAAAACAGAUCUAUCCCUGCAGAUAUCCACUGAGGACAUUGCAUACUGUGACACUCCUCUGUAUGUAACAGCAACAAACUUCGAUACAGUCAAUGACAUAAUCAGCAAGUUACUGCCAAUGAUGAGAAAACAUAGCAUUGAAGAUUAUCAACUGUGGUUCUGUUCUCGCCCUGGGGAAGCUCCAAGAGUACUCCAAGGAAAUGAGUAUCCACAUGACAUUAUAAUGAUAAAUAUUCAAAAGAACUUCACUUCACGGGACUUAAGAAACUUUACUGCUUUCCCUUCCCUACCUGGGCUGAUCAUGAAAUAUCUAAACGCUGAUGCACAGGGGCAAUUCAUCUUAAGGCCCAGAAACUCAGCCAGAAGCCAAAAAAAUAUGAAGGAAAAGACUCUUAAGAAACAAAGAACUUCUACAUCAUCGUGGUGGCACAGCAUCUGUGUGCCUCACCCAGACCAAAUAUGCACCACCCAAAAUCUUAACAAUGGAGGAAAACUGUUUGGAAGAGAACUCAGUUCCAUUUGUCAGGAUGGCAACCUGCCGUCAGCAAUUCUGGACAUGCUGUCCCUACUAAAAAGGGAAGGGCCCACAACGGAGGGUGUCUUUCUAGUACGUCCGAGUAUAACAUUGUGCCAAACAAUAAAAGACAAAUUGGAUUCAGAAGAAGAGGUGGACAUGAACAAGCAAUCAGUGCACAUAGUUUCGUGGAUCUUUAAGGACUUCCUAAAAAACAUCGAAGGAAGUCUGAUGACCUCAAAACUGUAUGAUGAGUGGAUUGCUGUAACGAAAAAAGUUGAUGAGGAAGAGAAAUUAGCUGCAGUGCAGAGUCUUUUAGAUAAACUGCCACCUGCAAAUGCUGCGCUUCUGAGGCAAUUUUUUCAAAUAUUAUAUGAAAUUAAAAGUAAUUCUCCUGUUACUGAAAUGUCUUCUCACCAUCUAUCUGUUGGGAUAGCCCCAUGCCUCUUAUUCAUGCCCAGCUCCUGGAAUAAUGGAAGGACAAAAGACAUUGCCAAAAAGAUUUCUCUGGUAACAUUUAUGAUCGAAAACUGUCCAAAAAUUUUUGGAGAGGAUGUGGUUGCAGUGCCGUAUGAAACUUCCCUAUCUCAUCCUCCCGGAGCCAAGUCCUCAUGUUCCCUGAACACUGCAGCAAAUAUCAGAAACGUGAAGAAAACCGAACGUGGACUGAGCAGCUGCCCCGCUGAGAGGACCUGCACUCCUGGGGACUAUGCACGGCCAGGAAGUCCAGCUGCCCCUCUUCCCUGUGAAGGCCUUCUAGGUUCAGAGAAAAAUGGAGGCAAUGUAUAUACCAACCAAGCAGCACCUUUUCUUAUUCUACCACAAGCAACAAAGAAAUGUUUGUUUGGCAAAUCUCUUGAGAGUAUUUUUGAAGGCAAAAAGCUGCCUACUCCAAUAUUUGAUAUGUUUUCCAUAAUUGCAGAGAAAGGACAAGAUUCUGAUCAUAUAUUUAAUACGGUAUCUGAAAUUUCACACUGGUCCCUGAGGGACAGGAUUGAAAAUGAAGAACACAUAACCUGGCAUGAAGAAGACGUGCUAGUUAUAGCGUCUGUAUUAAAGGACUUCAUUAGUAACAUUAAAGGAAGCUUACUUACUUCUGAUUUAUAUGAAAAUUGGCUUACCAUCAUGGAUGAAGGAACUCUGGUUGGACGAAUUGCUGCCAUCCAAAGACUUACACGACAGAUCCCUGAACCCAACUUCCUUCUACUACAAUAUGUCAUUUGUGUAUUAGUUAUGAUAAAAGACUCUUCGAUGAAUAAUUUGGAGUCUUACACGUUAUCUCACCGCAUAGCUCCGUCUGUGCUAUGUGGUCAGGCUUCAAGUGACGCACUCUAUGGGAAUUCUGCCUCAAGAAAGAUAUCUGUUAUCAAAAUCAUGAUAGACCACUAUCUUGAAAUAUUUGGAAAUGAUAAUCUAUUUUCAAAACAUAUUAACAGAAAGUCUGAUGAUUUAAAGAUGUAUAAAGAUUUAAUCCUCUCUGAGGGCAAAUCUCCUAUUAUGAAAAAUGUCACAGCUGGACACAAUGGGAAAACCUGCAGUAAUGAUGAAAAAGUAAAUAUUUCAAAUGCUGCUCUACAGAAAGGAAGUUCUACAGGUUCAGAGAAACAUGAACGCAAUGUACAUACCAUUCCAACUGUGCUGUCUCCAAAUCGACUACGAUCUACGAAGAAAAGUUUCUUUGGUCAACCUCUUACAAGUAUUUUUGAAGGGAAUAAGCUGCCUACCCCAAUAAUUGAUAUGAUGUCUAUAAUUGCAGAAAAAGGACAAAGUUCUGAUCAUUUAUUCAAAACUAUAUCUGAAAAUUCACAGUGUUCCCUGAGGGACAAGAUUGACACAGAAAUAUGUAUUAAGUGGAAUGAAGAAUGUGUGUUGGUUGUAGCUUCAGUCUUAAAGGACUUUAUUUCAAAUAUAGAAGGAAGCCUCCUGACUUCCAGUUUAUAUGAAAAUUGGCUCACCAUCCCAGAUGAACGAACCCUGGCUGGAAAAAUUAGUGCUAUUCAAAGCCUUCUACAACAGAUCCCAGAACCAAACUUUAUACUACUGAAAUAUCUCAUUUGUCUAUUAGUGAUAAUAAAAGACUCGCCCAUGAAUAAGCUAGAUACUAAAAGGUUAUCGAUCCGCCUUGCUCCGCAUGUCCUAUGGGGUUGGACUUCUAGCAAUUCAUUAUUUGGGAAAGUUGUCUCAAGAAAGAUAUCUCUUGUGCAAAUUAUGAUUGACAAUUAUAUUCAUAUAUUUGAAAAUGAUAAUAAAUAUUGCAUCCACAUGGACAAAAGGUCUGAUGGAUUAAAGACAUCUGCGGAUUUCAUUAAUUCUUCUGGCAAAUCAACUACUAUGAAUGAAAUCAUAGGUGGACACAAUAGAAAAACCUGUUGCAAUGAUAAAAUUUAAAUAUUUCAUAUGUUGCUCUAUAGGAAUGGUCCUUCAGCAGGAAAGAACAGAACAACUACCACCUAUAAGUGGUAGAGGAUGACUGGAAGACAUUCUAAGAUCAUUCUAUUUUCAUGUUCUUGUCUACCUCCUACUAAAUCGUAGCAGAAGAUAUUAUUUCAAGAUCCUACUUCUGCUUUUAUUUCACCAUAUUAGUUACAAAUAGUUUUCCCUCAUUUAAGUUAUUUUAUGUUGUAUAUUAUACAUUGUUUUCUAUUAUAAUAAAUGUUAUUAAAUUGUGUUAUUCUUACACUGCAA